CCCCCGCUCCCGCCCCCGCGAGCAGUUACCGGCUGUGGGGGCACGCGCCUCCUUGACUCCGCUAGAGGUCCUCCAGCCCCUACUUGCAGCGCCUCUGCCACUGCCCGCGCCAGGUGAGGGCUCGCGGCUCCGGGCUGCGGCUCCCGGCGCUUGUAGGCUGGCUCGGGGCGUGAGCCUGUGAGGCGGGCUGUGCCGGCGGGCGGUUAGCGCUCCGUUCCACGCGGGGAGGGGCGGCACGCCGGGCGCUGCACGGCGUCGGCCGACGCGGGCUGUAGUGGCGGCCGGGCUUUCGGGUUUUCUGCCCCAGGCCGGAGCCAGUCAGUUCCCCGGCGGAGAGACGGGCAGUCGGACUCCCUGGCCCCAGGCCCCCCCCCGGCUGGGGUGGCUGGGGCAAGGGGACGAUGUCUGCUCGCGCCGCGGUGCCCGCCGCUCACUCUCGGGAAGAGCUACCCGCGGUGGCUGCUGAGAAGGAGUCGCUGUUGGUAACGGCGAGUCGGCAGGCCGAGCAGCUGUCCCCGCCCGAACGGGAGGGCAAGGAGGCGGCGAGUGAAGAGAGGGCCGCGACAGCCAUCAUCGCGGGUGCGCGGGGAGAGCCGUCGCCGGCCCUGGUGCUGGGGCACAGUGUGCCCCAGGCGGCCGUGCCCGUGAGACCCCUGGCGCUGCACCUGGCGCACAAGGCGCGCGGGCCCGGGGGCCCCUUCGGCGGGGAACCCCUGCCACCGCUGCCGAGGGACCCGCCGGCUGAGGACGCCCUGGAGGAUGAGGCGGCCACCGGCCCUGAGGGAAAGCUGCCGCCGCCGCCGCCUAAGGAGAACCCCUGGACCAAAAAGCCUCCCCAACACCUGUCCCCUGCCGGGACGGGACCAGCGCCGUCCCCACUGGAAACCCUGGAGGCAGAGCUCAGUUCCCCCAAAAUUAUAAAAGCAGGAAAACCCAAGACAAAGAAAUCCAACAAGGCUAGUGAUUUCAGCGAUAUGGCGAAUUGGCCAACACCAAGUGAAUUAGUGAACACUGGAAAAAACUUUUUGCAGUGUCAGAGUGUCAUCAGCCAAGGAAAUAAGAAACCACAAAACAGAAAAGAACGAGAAGAGAAGAUUGAAAAGAGAAUUAACAGUGAGAGCAAAGAAAGCCGGGAAACAAAAUUGGAUGGUCCUAGUGAAAAUGCCAGUGAGGAUGAGACUCAGUCGAGUAAUCAACGAAGGAGAGCUAAUAAGCACAAGUGGGUACCACUCCACUUAGAUGAUGUAAGACCAGACAGUCAAGAAAGACCAGGAUCCCGGAACAGCUCAAGAUGUCAACCUGAAGCAAAUAAAUCAUCACAUAAUAAUAGGAGAAAUGAUACACGAAGUUGGAGGCGUGAUAGAGAAAAGAGAGACGAUCAAGAUGAAGUUUCCAGCGUGAGAAGUGAGGGUGGUAAUGUCCGAGGUUCCUUUAGAGGUCGAGGAAGAGGCCGAGGACGGGGAAGAGGACGAGGCAGAGGAAAUCCUCGAUUGAACUUUGAUUAUUCAUAUGGUUAUCGAGAACACGGUGAAAGGACUGAUCAGCCAUUUCAAACAGAACUUAAUACCAGUAUGAUGUAUUACUAUGAUGAUGGAACAGGUGUGCAAGUGUAUCCUGUGGAAGAAGCAUUGCUUAAAGAGUAUAUUAAACGCCAAAUCGAAUAUUACUUCAGUAUAGAAAAUUUAGAACGGGACUUCUUUCUUAGGAGAAAGAUGGAUGAACAAGGUUUCUUGCCUAUUUCCCUGAUUGCUGGUUUCCACCGUGUUCAGGCUCUCACUACAAACCUUAAUCUCAUUUUAGAGGCACUGAAAGAUAGCACAGAAGUGGAAAUUGUGGAUGAGAAAAUGAGAAAAAAGAUAGAACCAGAAAAAUGGCCAAUUCCGGGCCCUCCUCCACGUACUGUGCCACAAACAGACUUCUCUCAACUGAUUGAUUGCCCAGAGUUUGUACCAGGCCAAGCCUUUUGUUCACAUACAGAGUCUGCCCCAAAUUCUCCAAGAAUUGGAAGUCCACUGAACCCAAAGAAAAAUACUGAAACAAGUAAUCUUCAAGCAAUGUCUAGAGGUUUGUCUACCAGUUUGCCUGACUUGGACUCAGAACCUUGGAUAGAAGUUAAAAAGAGACAUCGUCCAUCCCCAGUGAAAUUGAAGGAAUCAUCAUCUCUACCUGAAGAGGCAUCAAAACAGCUGUAUCCUUCAGAUGAACAAGAGCAAGAAGAACUUGAUUUUUUAUUUGAUGAAGAGAUAGAACAAAUAGGACGAAAAAACACAUUUACUGAUUGGUCUGAUAAUGAUUCAGAUUAUGAAAUUGAUGACCAGGAUUUAAACAAGAUUUUGAUUGUAACUCAGACACCACCUUACAUGAGAAAACAUCCUGGAGGAGAUCGAACAGGCAACCACAUGUCUCGGGCAAAAAUUACAUCUGAACUUGCUAAAGUCAUUAAUGAUGGCUUAUAUUACUAUGAACAGGAUCUAUGGAUGGAAGAUGAAAACAAACACACAGCCAUAAAGCAAGAAGUUGAGAACUUUAAGAAGCUAAAUCUCAUUAGUAAAGAGCAGUUUGAAAACCUAACACCUGAACUUCCUUUUGAGCCAAACCAAGAAGUUCCUGUAGCGCCUUCCCAGUCCACGCAAGAUUUGAGUGAUGAAUUAGCCCAGCAGCUGUUUGAUGUUUCAGAAAUAUCUUCAGCAACAAUGGCCCCUUCAUUACCUACGGCUGUUCCAAAAUCUCCUAGAAUUUAUCCUGCAAGGACACCUAAAACACCUCGAACACCCAGAUUGCAAGAUCCAAACAAAACACCAAGGUUUUAUCCUGUUGUUAAAGAACCAAAAGCUAUUGAUGUAAAGAGUCCAAGAAAGAGAAAAACAAGACAUAGUACAAAUCCCCCUCUAGAGUGUCAUGUUGGUUGGGUUAUGGAUUCCAGAGAUCACGGGCCAAGAACAUCUUCUGUCAGCAGUUCAAAUGCUUCACCUUCAGAAGGUGCACCACUAGUAGGAAGUUACGGAUGUACUCCUCAUUCAUUCCCAAAGUUCCAGCACCCUUCUCAUGAACUUUUGAAGGAAAAUGGCUUUACCCAACAAGUGUACCACAAGUAUCGUCGAAGAUGUCUGAGUGAGAGAAAACGCUUGGGAAUUGGCCAGUCCCAGGAAAUGAAUACCCUCUUUCGUUUCUGGUCCUUUUUCCUCAGAGAUCACUUCAAUAAAAAAAUGUAUGAGGAAUUUAGACAACUUGCUUGGGAAGAUGCAAAAGAAAAUUACAGGUAUGGAUUAGAAUGUCUGUUCAGGUUUUAUAGUUAUGGACUGGAAAAAAAAUUCAGACAAGAAAUUUUUAAGGAUUUCCAAGAAGAAACCAAAAAAGACUACGAAUCUGGUCAACUAUAUGGAUUAGAAAAGUUUUGGGCUUAUCUAAAAUAUUCUCAAUCUAAGACACACUCUAUUGACCCAAAACUUCAGGAAUACCUCUGUAGCUUUAAGAGGUUAGAAGACUUCCGCAUUGACCCCCCUAUUAGUGAGGAAUUUGGAAGAAAAAGACAUUCCUCUACUGCUGGUGAGGACAGUAGUCGUCAUAGACUUCCAUCUAAUUCCUCUACAAAGCCACCAAAUGCUGCUAAGCCUACAUCUGCUAAUCAGCUUCAGGUCCCAAUAAACUGUCCCAGAAGGAUUACUUCACAGGAGUCCAGUGACAAUUCACACCAGAACAGUGCUGCCGCAGUCUCAACAGAUGGUGAAAUGCCUGAGGAAUAGACUCUUAACGAAAGUUGUUUGCCCUUGAAAUCAACAUUUGCAUCAGUAUUUAUUUGGGAAAAAUCUUCUGAUGUUUAAUUGUGAUAAUCACAAAAAAGAAAAAGGAAGAAAAGUGGUAACAUUUUUUUCUAACAAGAAAAAUUCUAAAAACAUUCUCCCUGGUGUCAUGAGCAAGGAUAGUUUUGGUGACCUUUUAUAGAGAUCCUCUAGUAAUGUAUUUUGGUCUCAGUAUUUCUUUUUCAAAGCAAUUGUUUACAAGAACAGCAUUCCUUAAAUAUAUACAAAAACAAUACAAGGAAUGCCUAACAUUUCAGCUCAUACUUCUUAAAGAAGAUAUAGUAUGUUGUAUUCAUCUCUUCUAUAGAGCUUUCCUAAAGAAUCCAAUUACCCUGUUAUCAAUUCAUAUUUGAACUUAUCAAAAACAAAGGAAGAUUACAUAUAUAUUUUUUAAAUUCAAAAAAAGAAUAUAGAUGAUACAUUUGCUUUUCUUUUAGAUAUAUAGUUAAGGAAAGUUGUUUUAUUUAUUUUUUUUUAACCAGAGUAGAAUUAUAUUGCAGUUAAAUUUGCUGGGUUUUGCUUUUUUUUCCUGUAGUCAUACUUCAUGAUUUCCAUAGUUACUGUUGUGCUGGUGUGGUGUUCUCAAUUGGCAUCAGCUGGUUACAUAUUAGAAGAGAUUUACUCUUUGUGACUUUAUAAUAAACCUGCACAAGUAAUUGAAAACUUGGUUGGGAUUGGUUGGAAUAUUGUUCUAAAUCAGUUAAAUCUUGCCCUGUUUUGAAUGCAUCUGCUGUUCGUACAUCUGCAGGUGGGUAUGUCACAGGCAGUCAGAUUAUCUUCAAUUUAAAAGAAGUACUUUGUUUUUCCUUUUUGUUUCUUUUAGUUUUGUUUUAUGCUCAUGUUUUCAAGAGUUAUAGCAAAUUGAUUUCUAAUUUUUAUUCCUGUUGCAACUGAUGUAAAUGAUAGUUUCAGUUUUUGUGGGAAUUAAAAUAAAGCACUUAUUCUAAAUUAUUGGAAUUGAUUUUUAAUUAUUUUGUUUAGAAUAUAGUUGAAAAGCUGUAAUAUUCAAAUUCUGCUGGUAGAAGACCAUUAUAUUUUGAAAAUGAAGUUUCAGUUAUGAACUUAUCCAUUUUUAUUUACUACAUAUGUUUUCUUGGCAGAGCAGCUAGUUUAAUACACUAAAUUAUUUUUUUUUUUGGGUGUCUUGUUCUUAUAGAAUGGCAAGAUUGAAAUACAUAUAAUCUUUGGAUAAAUGGGCUAUUCAUCAGGAACUAAGAGAUUUUCAUUAAUUAUUACCCAUUCAUAAAUGAUAAUCUGAAGUUUUAUAUUUAAUAUUUGGGGGUCACUUUGAUGUAUUAAUUUUAAGAAACAGUCAAAUUUGAAAAUUCAGAAAAUAAAUUUUACUUAGAGAAGUUGGAAAGAGAAUGCAAAACAACUAAGGGGUUAGAAUAAUAAAUUUCUAAAUGUUUUCUUAAGUGGAUAUGUAGUUCUGGCUUUUCACUAAGAAAUUUCCAGACCAUACUUUUUUUUUUUUUUUAAAGAUUUUAUUUAUUUAUUC